UCCGACUGAGGGAGUUUGACAUGGGCUUGCGAGGGGCGCGCUGAUCUUCUUGCAAAGAUUCCUAGUUGGCGGGUGGGGGCAGGGCAGGGCGGGGAGGUGCAGAUGACAUGACGUAUGGCUCAACGUAUAUAAAGACUCCAGAAAAUGCAUGCAUGCUUGAACGCCAUUUCCAGCGCCCGCUCCUCGGCCUCCAACAAUACGUGCAACGCAGACAUGCAGCUUGGCCGAAUCAUCUUCGUACCAAGCCCAGAUCAGAUAAUCCCUCCCUUCAAUCAAACCACGCCCCCCUCCACCCAAGCACCCACGCCCUCCCCACCACAAACGGCACCAGCUCGCCAACCCACCACCCCAUCCCCUUGAACAACACCCAGCCCUCAGCCCUCGCAUCGUCCACCAUCCCUCUCUUCUCCCCCGCCAUCCCCUCUUCGACACUCCUCUCAUCCACCCCUUCCCAGCCACCUUCCCCCCUCCCUCCCUCAUCCAGAUACAACCUCGCCAUCAUGCCCACCAACCCAACCGCGAGAAACGUCUCCCUUGCCAAACACGCCCAAUACACGACCCGCCUCGUCGGCCCACUCAUGUCGGCACCCGCAGCGAGGAACAGCGGCACCGCGAACGCGAGGGUCUGCGUGCCGAGGAGGCGGAUCAGCAGCGUGGGCACGCGGGUAUGCGGGGGCGGCGAGAGGCGUGCGAGAACGGCGGAUGGGGAGACGAGGAAAAGCGUGCCGGAGAGCAGUUUGAGGGUGGCUUCUGUGAGAAGCAGGGUGCGCAUGGGUGACGAGGGGGACCGUGUUGGCGGGGGCAUUUUGAGGUGAUGUUCGAACUGGGAUGGGCGUUGAUAUUGGUGAUGGAAGUGGUAGGAUGCAAAUGUCACGAUCUCCUGCAAAAAGCGUGCAGUGAGGUCGUGCUUGGGAGGUAGACUGCGUUCGCCAGUGUCGCCUCGCCGUACGAGGGUAGUGCUGGAAUAGAAGUUGGGUGUCGAUGAUGAAUAGAACAGUGAUUCAAUGGUGUGUCAAUUGUGCGAGAGGACUGUGG